AUGACACACAUAGGGUUAUGCAUAUGUGCAAUGUUCGUACAUUUGACUGUUGCUACACCUCAAAUCAAUCUUUAUUCUACAGAUUCGGUAAGUGGCAUUGAAGCAAAUAAUAAAAUUACAGCGAAACACAAUUGCUUACGCGUGCUUGCCACUAUUGAUAACAAGGAGUUUUAUUAUCAAAUGAUCUCAUACUGUAUGGACGAGUUGUCCGAAAAAGUCCACGUGAUAAACGAUGAUUCCUCUUCGAAGUUUAGUUUCGUUGAUCUGGCAAAACAAAAUAUAACAAGCGAUCAGUUGUAUCUCUGGUCAGCACCAAUUGACACCGUCGAAAACUAUCAAUUGUACUUAAAUCAAUUAUAUAAAUCAACAACAUUAGGAGAAGAAACUUUCUAUAAUUGUACACUUCCCAGGUUUGGUCCUAUGUGCCAAUAUGAAUUCUAUGAUUUUAACUCGAACUAUUCAUCAUUACACGAGAUUAUUUAUGAUAUUUAUAAACGAUAUCUUUUCCCAACGGACAGUGUGACCUGCUACGAACAUUUACAAUGUAAUCGCGGUCCUCGCCCAAUGUGUUUGGAUUGGACUGAAAUCUGUAAUAGACAAGUUGACUGCAUUGACAGUGAAAUUGAUGAAGAACAUUGUUGGCAAUUAGAAAUGAAUCAAUGUAAAGAUACGGAAUUUCAAUGUCCAAAUGGUCAGUGUGUUCCUCGAAUAUUUGUGCAAGAUAACAUCAACGUUGUCGAAUGUCUGGAUGAAUUUGACAGUUAUUACGAUGUGUUCAGACAAAAACGAUGUAUGUUGCAUGAACCGUCAUUUGAUUGUGAAGAUAUCCGAUGUCAACAGAAUGCUCUAACAAGUGAUUGUAGAUCUCGCCAAAGCAAUGUUCUCAAAUCAAUCUUUUCCGUUCAAGACAAUUCUGUAUCUGAUUCCUGUUGGAAUGCACUUAAGUGUAAAAUUGAUUUUGAACUUCUUAAUUACACGUAUUGUUCACGAUUUUGUCUACUUGACGACUGUAUUGAAAUUAUAAACGUCGAGUGCCCUAAAUUGGUUUUCUUUCCUGCUGUCCCAGUUCUAUUUAGUCAUAUCUACUUUGCUUUUAUUAAAAAUCACUCACAAGACUUUCGAUACCCAUACAUAUGCUACAAUAAUUCUCGUUAUGAUCGUUAUUUUCAAAAAGCAUUCAAAAUUCAUAUCAAUAACACAGUUUGUUAUUUUCGGAACGAUACAUUUCCCAUAUGGAACUUUGCAAGUAGUUGGACUGAUAGAUAUUUUUCUCCAUACUAUCGUGAUCUUUGGGAAUACGAUUAUAUCGGACGGAAUCACUUGUUUUUGAAUUACUCCCUGCCGCAAUGUAACGUAUCGGAUAUGUAUCAGUGUGAAAAUUCAAUUCGAUGCAUUUCCGUCAAAUAUGUUCAAGAUAAAGCUUAUGGAUGUCCGAAUGGUGAUGAUGAAAAUGAAAGUUAUAAUAACAGUAUUAUUUUAAAAGAAGAGUCACUUGGUAUUCAGCGAACGUAUUCAUACGAGCUGAAAACUGAACUUCGCUAUAUCCGUCAACAUAUUUCGUUUCAAACAAUAUGUGACGGAUUUCAAGAAUUAGCGCCGAUCGACAUUGAUGGCCAAAAUCAAACUGAUGAAACUCAAUGCGAACAAUGGCAAUGUGAUAAUAUUUAUACGCGUUGUGACGGCUUAUGGAAUUGUCUCAACGGCGACGAUGAAAUCGGCUGUAAUUCAACUUUUCAACAGAUGAAUUGUUCUUCAGAUCAACAUGUAUGUGUCUCACCACAUACCAAUCAAUUAAUAUGUAUAUCUACUGUGCAGGCAAAUGACGGUAAAGAAGAUUGUCUCGGUGGUAUUGAUGAGCCAGCAUUAUGUCGAGGGAUGUAUCACAUAGAUACAAUCAAAGAAUUCCAUUGUUGGAAUGAAAGUGCUGGAGAUUGUCUCGAAUCUCGAUCUCUUUGUGAAGGUUAUCCGAAUUGUGCUUACGGAGAUGAUGAAAAAUUUUGUCAAAACCUCAAACCUAACAUCCAAUAUUAUAAACUAUGCAAGCCGGAUAAAUUGACAAUUCAUUCUGAUGCUGAAAAAUUUCUAUGCUCGCGCUUACACGAUAAGAAAAAGCCAGCACUCGUAUUUUUUUCACUUGAUCCAAUAGGAUCCGUCGCAAUGACUGCAACGCCGUCGGAUCAAGAAAUUCUAGUAGGUCCUCCGAAUGAAUAUAAACCACAAUGUCAUCGCGGUUUUGACGUACAUGUCUGGUCAAACAACCGAAGCCAAUGUCUAUGUCCAUCGAGUUAUUAUGGGAACUUAUGUCAGUAUCAAAAUCAACGCGUAAGUCUAUCAUUGAAAUUCCGAGCUUUAUCCGACUCUUGGCAAACACCAUUCGAAAUUGUUAUUUUACUGAUCGAUGAUAGUGAUGAACAGACGAUCCAUUCCCAUGAAAAACUGACAUAUUUAUCAGUGCGAGAUUGUCAAAUGAAAUUUCAUCUGUAUUUGCUCUAUUCAACUCGUCCCAAAAACGCCACAAGAAAUUAUUCCAUACAGAUAGAUAUUUACGAGAAAAUCUCUUUACACUAUCGAGGAAGUGUACACUUUCCCAUUGAUUUUCCAUUUUUACCUGUUCACCGUUUGGCAUUUCACAUCGAAAUACCGAAACACGAUCAGCAGCUUUCAACAUGUUCGAAUCUCGCAUGUCAACAUGGUAAAUGUGUCAAAUACUUGAACAACCAACAAUUUUGCCGAUGCGAUUUCGGAUGGUCGGGAAAAUACUGUCAGAUCUCACAUAUUUGUACAUGCAAUUCAUUAAAUUCCAUAUGUAUCGGCACAUCGGCUCAUAAUCAAUCAAUAUGUGUUUGCGACGUGAAUAAAUUCGGUCCUCGAUGUCUUAUUAACACCGUAUGUCAAACAACUGAGAAGACUUCUAUGUGUCAACAUCAAGGCCAGUGCGUCCCUACAGAUGAUUAUAUGAUGUUGGAUCGAAAGUUUCGAUGCAUUUGCAAGCAAGGUUUUAGCGGCGAGCGUUGUGAAACCGAAGAUAGCCAACUUGUUUUGUCAUUCGCUGAAAAUAUUAUGUUAACGAAAUCGAUACUUAUACAUUUCAUCGAAAUUAUCAAGAAUAAUACACCAGUGAGAGCAACCACUUCGAAAAUAAUUCACUCUCAACGAGGUUCAAUAUCUAUUCGUUGGUCACAACCAUUUCAUAUCGUUUUCAUUGAAUUUUUUCCAGAGAAACUUUACUAUCUAGCUCUUGUUCAAAGCAACUAUCGACAAUCGGCAAUGUUAACUCGAACGAUCAAUUCAUCAAGUUAUUGUCCACAUGUCAGUGAAAUAUUCAACAAAAGCUUUAGUCAGUGGCACCUACUCCGUCGAAUCAAAUCUUAUCACCUGGCAUGCCAAUCACAGCGGUCGUGUUUUUACGAUGAUGUUCAUUUUUGUCUGUGCUAUGAUUAUAACGAUAAACGUUUGGCGAAUUGUUUCGAAUUCGAUUAUCAAAUGAAAUUUGAUUGUGCUGGUGAAAGCGUUUGUGAAAACGAAGGUCGUUGUUUUCAAGAACUUCAAGGUUGUCCACGGCAUUCAACUUGCAUCUGUCCAUCCUGUUUCUACGGAUAUCGAUGUCAAUUCAGCGCACGUGGGUUUGGUUUGUCAUUAGAUGCCAUUAUAGGAUAUCAUAUUCGACCGGACGUCAGCAUUCUGCAGCAAUCAACUAGUGUCCAAUUGACUUUAAUUCUGAUCAUCAUGUUCACUAUCAUCGGAUUUAUCGACGGUAUUCUUUCGUUAAUCACAUUCCAAAGUAAAGCUGUACGUGAGGUUGGUUGUGGUUUAUAUCUCUUGUGUUCUUCGAUUACGACUUUACUCCUGAUAUCUGUGCUAGGAUGUAAAUUCUUCAUACUUUACCUUGCGCAGGUCAACUCAAUAUCCAAUCGGUCGUUCUUGCAAAUUCAAUGCAUAACUCUGGAUUUUGUUCUUCGCAUUUGUCUCAAUAUGGAUCAAUGGCUUGCUGCAUGUGUAGCCUGUGAACGGGCAAUGACUGUGAUACAGGGUGUUCGUUUUAUUAAACAUAAAAGUACACAAAUCGCUAAGACAAUGAUUAUCCUUCUUUUGAUAUUUAAUAUUGGUACAACGAUACAUGAUCCUAUACAUCGACGUUUAAUUGACGAGGAAGACAAUGAAAGUGGCGAGAAACGCAUUUGGUGUACUACUACUUACCCAUCGAGCUUGCAAACAUUUGAUCAUUUUAUGAAUACAUGCAAUUUUUUCGUACCAUUUGUGAUAAACUUUGUUUCUGUUACCAUUCUGAUCAUCAAAAAGUCCUAUCUACAGGCCAGUACGCAAACUCGUAAACACUUUCUCCAUCUUUUCCGAGAACAAAUUCAUCAGCAUCAACAUCUACUAAUUGCUCCAAUUGCGUUAAUUGUUCUCGCACUACCACGAUUGAUCAUUUCCUACGUAUCGCAAUGCAUGGAAUCCAUCAAUGAUAUGUGGGUAUUUCUCGUCGGGUAUUUCAUAUCACUUAUUCCUCCAAUGUUAACUUUCGUUAUAUUCGUAUUACCAUCGAAAUUUUAUAAGAAACAAUUCAACAAGUCGCUCACUCGUUAUCGUACUAUUCUACAAAGACGUUUAUAUUUUCGUUCGUCAGAAUAA